UGAAAACAUCCCUCCUCUGACAAGCUUGAGGACCUGAUCGACGUCGGCGGACCCCGCAUUGUGCUUCCUCCCUGCAGCUCGCCCAGCAUCAUGACUCCUCCUCGGCCCCUGCUCCUGCUGCUCCUCCCGGUGCUCCUCCCGGUGCUGCUGCUGCUCCUCGGCGCGGUCAGGUGCACCCCGCUCUGCAACAACCGCUGCUGCCGGUUCGUGGAGGGCUUCCCCGUCAGGCUCCGGCAGCUCAGGCAGGACUACUCCCGGAUCAGAGACUUCUAUGAAGCCAAUGAUGACUUCGAAUCUGCGCUGCUGGACCAGAGCGUGGAGAACUCCUUCAGGAGCCCCUUCGCCUGCCAUACCAUGAACAACAUUCUGGACUUUUACCUCAGCAGAGUUUUGCCGAAAGCUUUGGAGGAAGAGAGUGAAGACGUCAAAGAUCUAAAGCCUCACGUGGAGUCCAUACAAAUCAUUUUUGAUCAGCUGAAGACCGACGUCAUCAGAUGUAAGAACUACUUCUCCUGCAAGCAGCAGUUUGACAUCAAGAACCUAAACUCCACUUACACUCAGAUGGAGGGUAAAGGUCUCUACAAGGCCAUGGGGGAGCUGGAUCUGCUGUUUAACUACAUUGAGACAUACCUGGCCUCCAAUCGGCACAGAAACCAAGCGGACUGAAGACCAACACCCGCACUGUGAUCAAAAUGUGACAAACUGUCUGUCAUUACCUGCUGCUCUCUCUCCGUUAUUUCGAGUGAGACCAAAUGUAGAUUUUAUUUUGUGUACUUGCUAAACUCAAGAGUAUAUUUUUUGUUUGUUUGUUGAAAGACACUUCAUUUUCCUAUUUGUCCCAAGGACAAGUUCCAUUUUAGGACCAUUUUCAGUCCAACAGAAGGAGGAAUCAAAACUAUCAUUGUCAGAAGUGUCAUAUUUAUAUUUUUCAUUUAAAUAUCACCUUUAUUUAUUACAUGCAGUCUUAUGGCAGCAUAGUGGGGCAUUUUAACCUUAUAGCUUAAGUGUUCUGUGGGCCAGACAGGCCUUUUUUGUCAAGUUUGCAUGUUCUUCUUUGGAAAUACCCGAGUAUGAUAUGAAUGUAGGAUUGUAUCUCUGUGUGUGAUGAGCAGUGUGAUGCCAUGUGACACUAGUGACUAGUUCAGGAUGUAGGCUGCCCCUCCUUGUGUUCAGUGUUGGCUGGUUUAGACCCCAGCUUCUUGAGAACUUUGUCUGGAUGAAUCGAUUCUUAAAGAUGGAUGAAUGUAUGUAAUU